UUCUUUUUUAUUUUCCUUGUGCUUGGAGGAUGGCCAGACGAACGUGAAGUCCAUCAUGGCGAAGUUUAGCAACAACAACCCAGUCGAAGAGGUUCACAACCGACAAGCCAGAGUUGUGGGGCAACCUUCACUGGGAACAAAAUCAGCAUUUGAGAAAUUUGUUCAUCUGGAGAAUGCCAGCCCUUCAGCAAGACCCAGCAGCAACUUACACAAGUCUCCAUCUCUUAAACCACCUUUGGGCAUCAAACCUUCCCUUCAAGACACAUCAGACAAGGACCCAAAGCCAUUGAAAGCCAGCCCUGUGGCCAGCAAGGUUGCGGCAUUGGCCCAGGCAGUAAAUAGAGAAGCUAAUGAGAAACCUGGAUUCCCUAGGCCUAUGGGCCCCAAACCUACAGAACUACGGAAAGAGGAAUCCAAGCCGGUGUUUCCAAAGCCUCCUGAGAACAGAUUGCCUGGUCAUGUGCCUCCAAAAAAUGAACUCAAGCCUCUAGGACCUAAGCCAAGCCUUAAACCUGAACCCCAAGAACAGGAGGCCAAGCCUGGGUUGUCAAAGGUAGCUGAUGUGAAGGGGAAAUUCAGUAUUUCCUCACAAGAACAUGACCCCAAGCCUCCUUUUCCAAAGUUAGGACUGAAGCCAAAACCAAGCCACAAUGAAGAGAUCACCCCCAAAAAUGUAUUUUUGAAUGCGGCAGCACCUACGGGCUCCAUAGGCCCCAAGCCAAAAGUCAACUCUUUUAGAUCAACCAAAGAUGCUGAAGGAAAGGGCAAUAAUGGAAUGGAUUCCCCAACUAGCCAUUUUCCUGGUGUAGCUUUGAAACAUGUAAGUAGCGCAAGCAACAUGCCUCAGAUCCUCUCAAAAGGUGUUGGGCAACAGAAUGAAGAAAAUAGGCCAAGCGUCACAAAGAAUGUUUUCCGAAUGAAUCAAGAGGAUUCCGGGUCAGGUUCUGGUACGGUUCCUGGUAAAUUUGUCAGUGUGUCUAAAGUGGCCACAACAGGACCUUGGGCCAGUACCCCUGAACAAGAAGAGAAAGACAAGGUGCCUAAACGGAAAGCAUUGCCUCCACCAUUCAAAUUAGGUGCACCUCCACAAAAGCCCAGCAGACCUCCAACGGUUGACCUGGAAAGAUUCCAGAAAUGCAGCGGCAACAAUCCUACCAAGCAGGUCUUACCCCCUCCGGUACCGCCAUGCAUUUCUGUCACACAAGCCCCAGCCCCACAGCUGCCACCUCCUCUUCCUCCUACGGAUUUCCACCCAUCAGUACAAGCUCCAGUUCUUCCCCCAAGAAACAUCAAGCCCAGAGACAAUGAUGAUGUUGAUUCUGAAGGUCCAGGAAAUGCAGAGGGUCAGAACAGUAGUGGGGAGCAGGAAGAAUAUGAAGACCUAGAUGAGAUGAGAACUACUAGAGAAGAAGAGCAGAAACGGGAGAAGGAAGCAAAGAAAAAAAUAGAGAAGGAACAAAAAGAAAAAGAGAAAAAAGAGCAGGAGAUGAGAAAGAAGUUCAAACUGGCGGGUCCCAUUGAAGUCAUUCACCAGGCAAGAGCUCGCACAGACUGCAAAGGAGGAAAGAAUGAGCUAUCAUUCAAACAAGGGGACAACAUUGAAAUCAUCCGUGUCACAGACAAUCCAGAGGGGAAAUGGCUGGGAAGAACAAGAGGCUCCUAUGGCUACAUUAAGACUACCAUGGUGGAAAUUGACUAUGAUUCUUUGAAAAGAAAGCCACGGCCUCCCAUUCAGCCAAGGCACCCAGACAGUGACCAGGAACUGUACGAUGAUGUCGGGGAGCAGGAUAGCAUCAGCAGUGGAAGUGCCACAGGAGUGGGAUUUCCACCUCCUCCUGAUGACAUUUACGAUGGAGUUGAGGAAGAUGAUGAUAUUCAAACAAGGUCUGUGUCACAGGAAGAAGAUAAGAGUAGCACCUGGCCCCGAGGGCUUUUGAAGAUUUUAAAGGGAAAAGAUUACCAAAAGAAAAGUGUACGAGAGACUACAGCUAAAGCCAGUGUGACAGAAGAUAAUGGCGGUUUCCUGACUGCUUCAGCAAAGCAAACUGGAAAGGAUUCUGGGGAUAGUGAUGUCUAUGAUGACGUUGAGCCAUCUGAAUUCCCUCCCCCACCAACCGAAAUGAGUCUAGCGCUAAAUGCAAAAUCCCUGAGCUUUGGGAGGGGCAAAUCAGAUGACCGAGAUUCACAGAAACUUAAGAAGAUGGAGAAAGAGGAGAAAGAAUUCCGGAAAAAGUUUAAGUAUGACGGUGAUAUUAAAGUUCUCUAUUCUACAACCAUAAAUCGAGCUCCAUCUCCUAAGAAACGAGGCUCAAAAGACUUACAAGUGAAGCCAGGAGAAUCUGUUCAAGUUAUAAAAGAUGUUGAUGAUACGAAAGUCCUGUGUAGGAAUGGAGAAGGAAAAUAUGGCUAUGUCCGAAAAAGCUGCAUAUUUGAUGAAGAUGAAGAAAUCUAUGAUGAUAUUGCUGAUGACUGCAUUUAUGACAAUGAUUAACUGCUGAACUCUUCCAAUGUGAGCUUCAUCAUCUCUGACUCUCCAGCUGAUUGAUACAAGAACAAAACUUCUUACUCACACUGGCUGUAAUACUUAGGUCCGAAGAUUUGGUUAAGCUAUCCCAGCAGUUUCCAGACAGAGAGGCGGGUUUUCCAGUGGAGGCAUGACAACGUUACUUGGUGUGCCCCUAUCUUCUUUGAUUGGGGCCAACAAAGAGACCUCCAAACCACUUCCUUUCUCAGUCAAUACAGUGCAUGAUAUUGUGAAACCAUUGGAGCAACCACUCCAUUUUCCUUGUGCAAGCUUUUUUGUUUUCCAGUGGCAUGCUCUCCAACACUUGACUGAGGAAAAUAGCAACAUUCUUUGCGACACUUCUAUUGUCUCAUCAAGAAUCACUGCUUGAGGCACCUCAGCACCUCGAUAAUUACAGCUUUCUUCCACCUGAUAUAUAUUGUGUUCAUUUGCUCUUCAGCAACCAAUUCUGCACUGUCUUCUGAAGCAGAGGGCAUUAGCACACUGACCAUAACAGGUGUUUUGUUUUUCAAACUUAAUGUUUCAUCACAUGAUGGAUCUGGUUGUACUAAUUAUCUAACAGCUUCAGUUUAAACACAUUCAAAACAUGGAGAUAUAUUACCGAACGGCAGGUGAACCAUUAUCUAGAUAAAACGAAAAUAAGCAAUGUUUACCCAAUAUUUUGGGUAUUGGUCAUAUGUGAAAUGAAGCAGUACAUUGACAUUUGGUUUAUCUGUGCUGAAGCUCAGUGGUAGAGCAUCUGCUUUGCAUGUAGAAAGUCCCAGGUUCAAUCCCUGGCAGCAUCUCCAGGUAGGCCUGGGAAACAUCCCUGCCUGAAAUCUUGGAGAGCUGCUGCUGGUCAGUGUAGACAAUACUGAGUUACACAGACCAAUGGUCUGACUCAGUAUAGGAGCCGCUGCCAGUCAGAGGCUGACAUGAUGCACAAUGCUAAUGGCAAUGGUGCGGAGCCAGAAGCAGUGGCGCUGCGGUUGUGAAUCAGUAGUUACACUUGCAGUGUCACUGUUUUUACCCCCAUUGUCACGAAUGGGAAAACCUGUAGUAACAGUCUUCUGGGUCUGCAGCAGUGGCCCCGCAAGCCCCACCAUUGCCAUUAGGAUUGCACUUCAUGUUAGCAAGUAUACUGUAAACAAUACAGGAGAACCUAAUUAAUCGCAUACCCGGCAUCUGCAGUUUCGCAUAUCCGCGGUCGGGUAAUAUCCACCCAACCUUGGUAUACGUGAAAAAUUUAGGCAAUUUAAAGGGUUAGGGCUCACAUUUCUGUGGGUCAGGGAUGGACGAAACUGACUUCCGGGGUAAUUUCCGCCUGCCAUUUUGAGGACAGGAGCCAUUUUGUAGCUCAUGUUUGUAAAGAUGAAGAAGAAAAUGUGAUUUUUGCAAGAAAACCCCAUAAUAUUUUACUUUGGGGGACAUUGCUGGACACCUGGGGACACACAGAGCACAGUACGGCACCCCUUCCCCAUUUCCCCCACUUUCAGUCCAUUUUUCAUCCCUCUGUUGCCAGCCCUUUUGCUCCGUUUUUGCCCUUUUGUCCUGCUGACUCAGAAAUGCCCAUUGCCCUAAUGCCCCAUUAUUUGUGGUUUCACUAUCCACCCAAGAUGGACCAAAGGUCUGACUGAGCAUAAGGCAACUACAUAUAUUAUUCAUACAGGAUUUUGCAUGCAUGGAUGUGCACGAAAUGGAUCUUGUGUUCUGUUCUGAGCUCAAAAUGGAACGCAAUUCCUCAGAACAUUCCAUUGGAACAACUGGUCAAGCCGGUUCCAAGCACCAUUUUGGAGUCAUUUGAAGGACAUUCUAUUCUGAGCUCAGAACAAUCAGGACAACCCAGUUCACAGUUGAAAAGUUCCGACAGCGAACCAUUCUGCACAUCCCUAAUCUCAAGUAUCUGCCCAAAGCGAAACAGAGACAACAAAGAGAGAGAUUUUCCAGUGACAGGUACCCGAAAAUAGGGACUGUCCCUGACAGAAACAGUUGGAGGAUAUGCAAUAUCCCUCUGUAGAGGCCUGCACAUCCUGGCUCCUCUUUUCCUAUCAUCUGCCUCUCCCUCCCCAGCAAGAAUAACAGUGAGCACUGAAGUGACCCAUUUGCGUUUUAAAAUCCCAGAUGCCCUCAGGGAGGCUGGGACAUUGUUUUGCUGACUGAGGGAUGUUCAGAGUGGAAAGAUGGAUAACUCCGCGACUCCUUGCAUCCCUUGCAGGUUAUGAAACAAAACUUUUCAUCACAUGUUUCCGUCGCCAUCAUAAUAAAUUAGCCUCAUAUGUUAUGAGGCUAUGAAAGACUAUGCAAUGCCUCCCAGUUGAUGAUAGCUCAUUCAGCAGAUAAAUAUCAGACUACUUGUGAUUGCAGAGAUGAUUGUGAUUACAGUAAUUAUUGUCAAAGACUCCCUAAUACGUUUGAAACAACAUUCCAGGCUCAGUAGUAAAGGUUGCAAUGAUGUGUAUGCAUGCACACAAAUAUACACACAGUGUCCUGGUCAGAUAAUCAGCAACAGCACUGAUCAGCAGGGAGGGUGUAAGGGUAGUAAUAAAUCUAGUGAAAUGUAUAUAACAUACUAGGAUCUAAAUAUGUCACCAAAAAGGUGGAGGGGGGAGGGAAGGAUUCCUCAUAAAAUAACCAAUCGAUUGAGAAAUAUCACAAUAAGAUAGAAAUUGCUAUAUUGUGAAAUAUAUAGAAUAUGAAUCAAUUAAAUAUGCAUAAUACAAUGGUAUAUACCAAUAACAGAUGCCACAAUAGAUAUAAUCAUAUAAAUGAUAAAGUCCACAGACUGCAUAUCAGGAACAGAGCACAUGAAGUCUAUAACCAAGUAGGUAGUGAAGACGUCCACAUACACUACGGUGACCUGGUGAACCUCUGUUUCGAAAACAAUUCUUUGUCAAGUGAUGAUGGACAAAAGCCUUGUAUGUUGAUAUAAAUCAACAUGUUCAAAUUUCUUGAUAUUCUAAGAAAUGAAACUCAGUCAUUAUUUAAACUACUUCACAUUUCUCAAAGCCAUACCUCCCCAACGUAUCUCCAGUCUAGCCAUGGUCCCCUCCCAACAGCUGAUCAGCAGUACUGAUGAUAAUCUGACCAGGAAUAUGUGCGCACGGCUGCAGCUGCUGAAUUGGUCUAGAAACCACUCACACAGCACCCAUUUCCAUGCAUAGUUCCUUGUCCUUUAGUGGUACACAUAUGAAUGACCCUAGUUGGCUUGGAAAGACAGGAUGUGCACCCUUGCACGUAACCAAGGAAAGCAUCCGCUGAAGUUAAAUUAUUCUGUAAUGGCAAUUGCUUGAUGAAAAAGAGUUCUAUUACAUGUUUUUAUGUUUUUAAUUAAAUGACCAUGAAUGUAAUUUAUGGGUUUUUAAAAACAAUGGCUGACCUUCUGAUCAACAAAGCAUGCGUGCAGCACACGUGCAUGUGCUGCAUUCCGGAGGAAAGGUGUGUGGCAUUCACACGGGGAGGGGGUUUUUUUUUGCUGAUCUCCACUUCCCCCUGAAGUGCUCUGUGACCCUUGAAAGUUUAUCCCUGAGUGCCGUGUGAGAUACAUGUUUUGGGAUUAUAGAAUUUUUUUUGGAUUGCAAAGGGAAGUGGUGAUCAGCAUAUAUUGUUUUGUAAACCGCCCAGAGAACUUGUGUUUGGGGCAGUAUAAAAAUAUGCUAAAUAAAAUAAAAUAUAAAAUAAAUCAAUAAUAUAUUGUGCUCCCCCUGCACUCAACGUGCCUGCAUUACUUUACCCUGGAACACACCAAAUGCACACAUGUUUGCUUUGUUGCACAUGUGCUUUGUUAGGAUGUUGACCACUGUUUUCUUGUAUGUGCUGCAUCCUGAGAUUCUAGCCUUUGAACCCUUGACUUUUAUAGCAUAUUGUUAACCAACAGAUUUUUAAGGAUAUUAAACUUCUGUUUUUAUUCUCUGUAGAUGUUGUUCUUGAACUUGUUAUGGUCUUAGAAACAUUAAAGGUCAUGUGGGUUUUCUAAA